CUUGAUGGGUCCUGAUACUAAUACUAUUAGUAGUCCUUUUUUUUGGCGGAUGUCGGAAUGCCUCUUCCAUGUAAUUUAGCUUCUCUAGUCCUUCAUGUCCUUCGUCGAAGCGCUCCGUAGACCACGGCACGUAUAUCCAUCCUAGUCGAUCCUCAACAUAUCAGAAUGUCCCCCUUCAUCCGACCCAUCCCUUCACCCUCCUCACAUUCGAUACCAUGAUCGAUACUCUCUCCGUCCUAGCUUCACAUUUCAUCGGUGUCAUCCUCUCUAGCAUGUUCUAUGGCUUUACUCUCGCCCAGACCUGGUGUUAUUUCAGAACUUUUCCAAAAGACAGACGGUCUAUGAAGGCCUUGGUAGCCUUUCUCUGGGUGUUGGACACCGCCCAGCUCGCCCUUGUCGCCGCAUCAAUAUAUCACUACACCAUACUGUGGCAAGGUGAUAUCAAAAUGACUUCCCAUGUAUCCAAAGCAUUUGAGGCAUCUAUGGGCAUUACUUCAAUAAUAGCAUUUAUGGUCCAAUUGACAUAUGCUCAUCGUAUAUGGCGACUCAGUUUUGGAAACAUUCUAGUCACAUUUUUCAUAGUCCUUUUGGCAUUGGCUGCGCUAGGAUCUGGUGUAGCAAUGGUUGUCAAAACUGUCCGCAAUCCCCUGUGGGAUAGCACUCACGUUAGCAACCUGCCUGCUUCUAGUUUUUACUUAUCUUCGAUGGCAUGUGACGUCCUUAUUGCCGCUACGCAAGUGUACUUGUUCCACAAGUCCCGAACCGGGAUAGGAAGACUUGGUGGUCUCAUCACCAGAUUGAGCGUGCUUGUUGUCAAUGUGGGCUUGAUAACUAGUAUAGACGUCACACUCUUUCUCAUUCUGUUUCUCGUAUGCCCCCACAACGGCGCCUUUCUUGUACCAUACAUCCUCAUGAGCCACUGUUAUCUGAAUAGUUUCCUCAGUGUUCUAAACUCUCGUCUUGAGCUACGGGAACUGGUCGAUAAUGACGACUACGCCUGUCCCAGCAUCUACACCAUCGCUUCAGAACUGGCAUGAUGCAGGCCCUCAUACCUCCCGCGCGCCACGCCCCGCCGGACAUGUUUUGAAGCUAGCUAUAGUGUACUGUGAUGCCACCCCCCACAUACAACCC